AUGGGUUGCUGCUUCAGCAAUCCUAAAUGCCCAAAACAAGAUCACCCAGAUCACCAAAAUGGUUCGCAUGUCCAUCAACCUCGUCCGAGAUCUCCCGAAAAGAAAUCAAAUGCCACUCAUGAAAUUGACAAUCAAGCUCCGCCAGGACUGCCGCCAACUGUGGUGGAGGAAACUGUGAAGGUUGUUCUCUCAGAAACAACCAUUUCCAAACCUCAAGUUUCAAUUUUGGUGGAAGAAAGAAGCACCCAGAUGGCUGUGAUUCAGCCCCGAGUCGAGAAAUUUGAAAAAGUUGACGAGGUCUCUGAGGUGUCUCAAACAUCAGAAAUAUGCAGUUUAAACGAGAGCUUUUCAACCACGACGACGACGACUCCAAUUGCAGAAAAGAGGGAGGACGAAGCGACUAGGAAGAGGCUGAAUCAACCUCCAUUCUGUAAUUUAACCAGAAAGCGUUCGUGCAGCGUCGAUAGCUCCGACGGCAGAGAGAGGAGGUCCAAAUCUCCGGCGAGAAGAUCGGAGCCUUCACCGGAAAAGAAGAGGAGGCAGGGUGCCACGAGGUCAGUUCGCGGGAGGGAAUCUGGUCAGGUGGCGACUAGGAAGCCUAAUGUGGGCCCCAGAAGAGUCUGCCGCGACGGCGGCGAGGCAUCUGACCGACGAUCGAAGUCGCCACCAACCCGGCCAGUCAGUGCCGCCAGCGGUCGGAGCCAGGUCAAGCCACCGGCAAAAGCAGUGGAGAAUAGUGAGAGUGACAGAGUAGGAGAGGAAAACGACGAUGUUUCGAGGGAGCCGCAGGAGUCACUCGAUAACCCACUCGUUUCCUUGGAGUGCUUUAUUUUUUUGUAG